CAGCCCGCCAUUGUGUGUCUGAUCUGCAGCUGUAGCGAGAUAGAGAGAGUCGCGGGCGCAAACACUCUUAAAAACACACAUUUUCCGUUCGCUUUAACCCGCAAACAAACGCGCAGUCUAACACACAGGCUCCGGGGAGAGAGAAAUGUCAGCCAGCAGCCUUCUGGAGCAGAGACCGAAAGGCCAAGCAAAUAAAGUGCAAAACGGUGCAGUCACUCAAAAAGAUACUUUGAACGAUGAUGAGUUCGAGCCUUACCUGAAUGCUCAGCCCAGACAGAGCAAUGCCUAUACGGCCAUGUCCGACUCCUACAUGCCCAGCUACUACAGCCCCUCUAUAGGCUUUACCUAUUCGCUGAAUGAAGCAGCAUGGUCUACUGGCGGUGACCCCCCCAUGCCUUACCUGGCCUCCUAUGGACAGCUUAGCAAUGGGGAGCAUCACUUCCUCCCAGAUGCCAUGUUUGGCCAGUCAGGAGCACUGGGAAACAACCCUUUCUUGGGACAGCAUGGCUUCAACUUUUUUCCAAGUGGGAUUGACUUGGCCUGGGGAAACAGCAGCUCUCAGGGACAGUCCACACAGAACUCAGGUUACAGCAGCAGUUAUGCCUACGCUCCAAGCACGUUAGGAGGUGCUAUGAUUGAUGGACAGUCUCCCUUUGCAGCCAACGAGCCACUCAACAAGGCCGUAGGGAUGAAUAGCUUGGAUCAAGGCAUGGCGGGGCUUAAGAUCGGGGCUGCGGACAUGGCACCCAAAGUCAUCGGUUCUGGACUUCCCGGAGGGCCACUGAGUCAAGUGUCUCCAGCUCCCACUAUGCCUCCGGCCUCCAUGGCUCCCCCAAAAACUGCAUCUUGGGCGGACAUUGCCAGCAAGCCUGCCAAACCACAGCCUAAGCUGAAAACCAAGGGAGGACUUGGCGGGACAAAUUUGCCACCUCCUCCAAUCAAACAUAAUAUGGAUAUUGGAACGUGGGAUAACAAGGGGACAGUGCCUAAACCAGCAACCCCACAUCAGGCUUCCAUGCCGGUCAACGGUCAGCCACCCAAUCAGUCGUCCCCUCAACCGGGUGCAACUGCAGGAGGGGUACAGCAGCUACCCCUUAGCAAUGGACAGCUGGUUCCUCCUGCUGGUCAUCUUGGGCAACAUCCUCUCCCCCUUGGUGGGCAGCAAGGAGCUGUCCCACCUCCCUUGUCGCAAGGCCCCCCUCAACCUUCUCAACCAACCCGCUGGGUUCCCCCGCGUAACCGUACCAACGGCUUCGCCGAUGCGGUGGGUGGAACUGGCCAAUCCCCUCCUAAUUCAGGAAUGGGUGGUGUUGCUGUUCCAGCAGAGCCCCACCCGGUUCUGGAGAAGUUGCGUAUGGUGAACAACUACAAUCCCAAGGACUUUGACUGGAACCCUAAACACGGUCGCGUCUUCAUCAUCAAGAGCUACUCAGAGGAUGACAUCCAUCGCUCCAUUAAGUACAAUAUCUGGUGCAGCACGGAACAUGGCAAUAAGCGUCUGGACGCUGCAUACCGUUCACUGGCCAACAAAGGGCCACUCUAUCUGCUCUUCAGUGUAAAUGGCAGUGGGCACUUCUGUGGCGUAGCUGAGAUGCGCUCACCCGUGGACUACAACACCUGUGCAGGUGUGUGGUCGCAGGACAAAUGGAAGGGUCGGUUUGAUGUGCGCUGGAUCUUUGUGAAGGACGUUCCAAACAGCCAACUGAGGCACAUUCGUCUGGAAAACAACGAAAACAAACCGGUCACCAACUCCCGUGACACGCAGGAAGUUCCGUUGGAUAAGGCACGUCAGGUGCUGAAGAUCAUUGCAAGUUACAAGCACACCACCUCCAUUUUUGAUGACUUCUCGCACUACGAGAAACGUCAGGAAGAGGAGGAUUGUGUGAAAAAGGUGGAGGUUCAAGGGAGUGAUCCAUACUCCAGUAACUCCAGUCGGAGCCACUACAGAAUGCAGGAUCGCCAAGGACGUGUGAAGUAACGAGCACUGCUUUGGGCAAAAGACUGACAGGCCCUGUGCUAUCUCCCCAAUAAUACAACCAGAUAUUUUCAGAAAUUUCUUAGGAGAAAGAUUUAACCAAGGAUUCAAAACGAGGAAAAAACUAAAUGAAGACUCUUUGAUUUUCUGUUGACCUAAAAGACUUACUUCGAACUUGUAGUAAAAGAAAAUGACAUGAUUAUACAUAGGACUACAACUUAAUAAUUCUAUAGGAUUCUAAUAGUGAACCCAGUACUUCCUUUUUCGGUCCCAUUUUUGUUCCACUGCCUCUUAUUUUUCUCCCCAUUUUCUGUUUUCUUUUUUUAAAGAGAAACAUCUGAUUUUACAGUCCAAGCACAAGGCUUUUGCUUCUCUCUUACUGGAAUAUUUGAGUUUUUUUUUUAAUGUUGAUUUCUAGUGCCUGGAUCUUGUAUAGGCAUUUCCCCAUUACUCUGUUAAUCCCUCCCCAUCUGUAUUGGAUCUAAACUAUCCAAUCAGAACACAAAGUGGGCGUUGCCUUUUCAGUGGAUGUUCCAUUGUUGGUAAUUGGCGAGUAGUCAGUAUAAAGCAUUGUUACCUUCUGAAAAAAGUUUAUCUACAGCCCUCUGCCAUGAUUAUAUAUUGGAAAAAAAGUUGUUAUUCAAAAAAAUCAAAUGAUUGUGCAGGAUUGUCCUGAGUUGCAUUUCUGUUCCAGUUUUGUUUUUGUGUUGGUAGUAGAGGGUGUUUGACGGGGGAAGGUAAACAGAGAAGCAGAUUUGUUGAGUUUAGGCUUUGGUCAUUGGAUCAGUUUUAUAGUGUACAAAAGGGGCCGUGUUUGACAGUUGUCAGCUUAUUUUCCAUUUUCUCCUUUUUCAAGUUAAAGAAAAAUUGUUGCUAUGGGCUGCUCUUCUCCUGUCAUCUUUUCUUUCUUGUCUUUCUCUUCCGUUUCUUAAGUCUUUAUUGAGAUGGGCCUUGCACCCUCUCCUUUCAUAAUCAGUUCAUUAAAAAUAAAUGUGGUAUAUUCGGCAGAACUUGUGUGUUGCAUUUUCCCCUUGUUUGAGUAAAUAUUAUCCCAUGCACUAACCUGUGUCCUAAACUGCCUGGUCCCCCCAUCCACCCAACACCCACACUUCUGUUCCACACUAGCUGUCUGCACACUUUGCCCUUUACCCUCUUCUACCAUCUUCAUGUCAGUGCAUUAAACGACUCCUGCAAAAACUGCUGGCAUUUAGCAGUGUCAGAAUAAAGAUGCUGCACAAAGUUUAAAGUCUGUUUGCUUUUUAAAGGAUUGUAUUAAAAUGACCAGAAACGUGUGUUACAUGGGAUUAUUUGUGAAAGUUUACCCAAAAUGUUGAAUUCUGUUGUCAUUUAAUCACCCUCUUCUCAUUUCAAACCUUUUUGACUUCUUCUGUAGAACACAUUUUGAAGAAUGUUGGUAACCCAACAGCGGCGGUACCCACUCACUUCUAUUGUAUGGAAAAAACCAACACAAGUCGACAUUCAGUUACCGACAUUCUUCAAAAUAUAUUUUGUACUGCAAAAUAAAUUGAUCUACACAUGUUUGAAAUGGCAAGAGGGUGAGUUUUAGAUGGCAGAAUUUUUGUUUUCGGGUAAACUAUCACUUCAAUUUGCAUUAUACUCAUAUCGUGGCAGAACAUUUUGAAGAUUUGUGUUUUGACAGGUAUGCAAGGUUUUGUAUCUUUAAAUAGACUUUGAUUGUGACACAUUUGUUGUAAGAAUGCAUGUUUCAAGGUAAUUUACUGUAUCAUCGAUGGCAUAAGUGUUUUUUCCCCCAGAGUUUGUUUACAACGAGGUAACAUCAUAGGAAAUAGAAAGCAUCAGUUUGAUUUUAAAGUGCUAAAUAGGUUACUGUAUAACCAUGGCUUUCUCACUAUCCUGGUUGCUAUACUUCUACUACAAAAAAACGAAUGAUUGGUGAUUGUUGUCAAAAUCAUUGUUAAAUAAUGACUGCUUAUGUGUAACUAACGCGUAACUGAUGACAUGUUCAAUCUGCGAUAUUUACUACCUGCUUCCGGUUUCUAAAACGGUCUUCGGGUGGCGCUGUUUCCACUAAUAAAUUAAACGCCAUCGCA